AGAUCUAUAUUGCAAGGAAGACUAUUGAUGUAACCAAUAAAAAAAUUGUUUGCGGGGCUUCGUACUCGUAUCAUUUUUAAUGAAUUUGGGGUUGAACUGAAUGAUACGGGUUUAGUUAUAGAGAGUAGGACACUAGUUUUAAUAAAAUGCCACAGCUUAGCAGUAGUUCCUUACUGGAACAUCUUCUUAUCGGCAGUAUAUUAGGUUCAGUAUUUCUGGUGGUAAAUUAUUCAUUGCAUAAAAUCGAAGAGGGACACGUGGGUGUGUAUUUUAGAGGCGGUGCUUUGCUUUCAUCAAUGAACUAUCCCGGAUACCACAUGAUGGUUCCUCUGUUGACUACAUUUAAAAGUGUGCAGGUCACUUUGCAAACUGAUGAGGUAACCAAUGUGCCAUGUGGAACAAGUGGCGGUGUAAUGAUAUAUUUUGACAGGAUUGAAGUGGUAAAUCAUUUGAAUGUGAAUAGCGUAAUGGAUAUUGUUAGAAACUACACUGCAGAUUAUGAUAAAACACUUAUAUUUAAUAAAAUUCAUCACGAACUUAACCAAUUUUGCAGCAUCCACACACUGCAUGAAGUCUACAUAGAUCUCUUUGAUCAAAUUGAUGAAAAUCUUAAACAGGCUUUGCAACGGGAUUUACUCGAGAUAGCUCCAGGGCUAACAAUACAAGCUGUGCGGGUUACUAAACCUAAAAUUCCUGAAGUUAUUAGGAAGAACUAUGAACUCAUGGAAGGCGAAAAAACUAAACUACUCAUUUCCAUUGAACAUCAAAAGGUAGUCGAAAAAGAUGCCGAAACGGAUAGGAAAAGAGCAGUAAUCGAAGCCGAAAAGGAAGCCUUAGUAGCGAAAAUCCAGUAUGAUCAGAAAAUCAUGGAGAAGGAAUCUCUGCAGAGGAUAUCAGAGAUCGAAAACGAGAUGCAUUUGGCCCGACAGAGAGCUCAGACUGAUGCAGAGUUUUAUAAUAGGAAGCAAGAGGCAGAAAUCAACAAACUACUAUUCACGAAAGAAUACAUCCAGUUGAAAAAGUACGAGUCAUUGUCGAGAAACACCAAGGUUUACUUCGGCACAAGCAUCCCGCAGACUUUUCUUGAAUUUGGCGAAAAAAGUUUACAAGACAGAUAAACGCAAUUAUUAUACGUCACAUUUUUAAGAAUAAAACACGU